AUGCUGGGCCGAGCACUUCAGAAACUUCCUCAAGCGUCCCUACGCUAUCCCCGACGCCGCCAUCGACCGGCUGCCCAAGUGGAAAUCAACUUCGACCUGGAUAUCCCGGCCUCCCUCCCAGAAACUAUCCGCGCAAUGCAACAACCCUCCAGCGGGAAAGCACCAGGCUCCGAUGCAAUCUCAGCUGAAAUCUGCGAGCACAGCAGCCGCCGCCUGACAGACCAACUCACUACGAUAUUUCAGGAGACGUGGCGCUGUGGACAAGCUCCUCGGGAUUCCAAGGCCGCGACCAUCUUUCACCUCUAUAAGCGCAAAGAGAAUCGGCAACUCUGUGACAAACACGGAGGCGUCUCGCUACUCAACAUCACCUGA